AAAAAAAAGAGGAAAAAUAUGAAGUAGAAGUGGUUUAUUUGUUUACAUAUAAAAAUUAGUAUAAAAUUAAAAUACUAGUUUUAAGUUAUAUGGUGCACGUUAAAAGUAGCAUAAGUAUUAAAUUGUUAAUACGUUCAAAAAUUGAAAAAGGAUGUCUCUAAGGCAGCAAAUGCGUUAUUUAACGCCCUAUGACAUACACAAAUUACUAAUAAACGACUACAUAUUGAAGAAGCCAGGCGAUACAUCUCUUCUUAAAAGAGAUACAUCUCAAGAUAAAAAUGACUAUGAUGUAAUAGUGGAAAACCAUAAGUUUUUAUGGGACGACGAAGACUCUGCGGAUACGUGGGAAGAGCAGUUUGCUAAAAGAUACUAUAAUAAAUUAUUCAAAGAAUAUUGCAUAGGAGAUUUGAGUCGAUACAAAGAGAAUAAGAUCGCUUUAAGAUGGAGGGUGGAGAAAGAAGUCAUUAGUGGAAAAGGGCAAUUUGUUUGUGCUAAUAAGAAAUGCGAAGAAGAAGAGAGAUUAACUACAUGGGAGGUCAAUUUUGGUUAUAUUGAAUGCGGUGAAAAGAAGAACGCUUUAGUUAAAAUAAGAUUAUGUCCUGAUUGUUCGAAAAAAUUAAAUUAUCACAGCAAGAAGAAGGAAGUAAAGAGGUUAAAAAGGAAACGCCAUGUAUCAGAAACGAAUGAAAAGAGCGUUAUUAAUGAAACUAGUUCCAUAAAAACUACACAGAAUUCUCCUAAUUCAAGCGUUGCUGAAGUAUUAGAAGAGCCAACCAUAAAUGCUGCUACGAGUGAUGAAUCUCCAUGGGAAAAUCAUAAACCAAUUGAACAAAAAUCAAGAGACGAAGAAAUGGAAGAUUAUUUGCAGAGUUUAUUGUUAUAAUAAAAUAUUUAUAGU